GAGAGAAUACUACGCCAACUAGUAGCAACUGAGGAGUCGAUUGAUUACGUUACGUGCGUCGAGCGAGGGGUGCCGAUCCAUCCAUCCAUACCUAGGAAGGAAGGAAGGAUGCAGGGGGAGGUGGAGCAGCAGGCGCCGAUGCAGAUGGUGCUGCGGGUGAAGCACCCGUCGUCGCUGUCCAGCGGCAGCGAGGAGGCGUCGGAGGGGGAGGGGUCGUCCAGGUCGGCGCUCUCGGUGUUCAAGGCCAAGGAGGAGCAGAUCGAGAGGAAGAAGAUGGAGGUCAGGGACAAGGUCUUCGCGCAGCUCGGCCGCGUCGAGGAGGAGUCCAAGCGCCUAGCAUUCAUACGACAGGAGCUGGAAGGGAUGGCCGAUCCUACGAGGAAGGAGGUGGAAUCAAUACAGCGGCGGAUCGACACCGUCAACCGCCAGCUCAAGCCUCUCAGCAAGAGCUGCGUCAAGAAGGAGAAAGAAUACAAAGAGAUUCUCGAGGCGUACAACGAGAAGAGCAAGGAGAAGGCCAUACUUGUCAACAGGCUAAUAGAGCUGGUGAGCGAAAGCGAGAGGAUGAGGAUGAAGAAGCUUGAAGAGCUCAACAAGACAGUUGAUUCACUCUAUUAGACGUAAUGAUACCAGCUUAAUGUUAAUUACCACCCCUGAGAGCUUAAUUUCGAUGUGCAAUCUCCGUCCAUCCCAUGAAUUUGUGGCAUGUCCUUGUUGCAUGUAUGUGAUCUGUACGCGUCAGCUUGUAACUCACACCAUGUCGUGAGCAAUUCUUCUUUAAUUUUCGCCUUUCU